UCUCUCUGACCAUCUGGAAAUGUUGGGCAAUUUGCCGAUAUUGCCUUUACCUGCACCCCCUUCUGAUGGUAAUCUUGGGCCUUUACCACUAGCUCAGAUAACUGAAGAAGACGAGAAACAGAAUGGAAGUCAAGAGGAUCUGAGCAAAGCUGACAAAUCCAACUCAGCUCCUAUUUCGGUUGCGACUCAUACGAGAACUAUUGGUAUUAUUUAUCCUCCUCCAGAUAUCAGAAACAUUGUUGACAAGACAUCUCAGUUUGUGGCCAAGAAUGGUCCUGAGUUUGAAAAGAGGAUUAUCGCUAGCAAUGCUGGGAAUCCAAAAUUUAACUUUUUGAAUGCCUCUGAUCCAUACCAUGCAUACUAUCAGCAUCGUUUAUCUGAAGCUCGUGCACAAAAUCAGGUUUCUGCUCUGCAGCCAUUGCAACUGGCAGAUUCAGCUGCUCCUGAGUCUGCAGCUGCUGCCCCGGCUGCUGAUGGCAAGGAUGCGAUUGCAAAGCCUGAUCCGUCGGUGCAGUUUAGGCCUGUUCGUAAAAUUCUUGAACCCCCUGAAGCAGAGCAGUACACUGUUCGUCUCCCUGAAGGGAUUACAGGGGAGGAGUUGGACAUAAUUAAGCUUACUGCCCAGUUUGUCGCAAGGAAUGGGAAAUCAUUUUUGACUGGAUUGACCAGUAGGGAGAUUAACAAUCCUCAAUUUCUUUUUCUAAAACCAACCCAUAGCAUGUUUAUGUUUUUUACAUCUCUUGCGGAUGCUUAUUCGAAAGUAUUGAUGCCUCCAAAAGCGUUAACAGAUAAGUUGAGAAAGAGUGUAACUGACAUGACUACGGUGCUUGAAAGAUGCCUUCAUCGCUUGGAGUGGGAACGGUCGCAGGAGCAGGCUAGGCAGAAAGCUGAAGAUGAGAUAGAACAGGAGCGAUUACAUAUGGCCAUGAUUGAUUGGCAUGACUUUGUUGUAGUAGAGACCAUAGACUUUGCAGAUGAUGAGGAUGAAGAUUUGCCCCCUCCUAUGACCCUGGAGGAGGUUAUACGAAGAAGCAAGAUGACGGGUAUGGAAGAAGAGGAGAUCAUUGAGCCUGGAAAGGAAGUAGAAAUGGAAAUGGAUGAAGAGGAGGUGCAACUUGUUGAGGAGGGCAUGAGGGCAGCUAGUCUCGAAGAGAAUGGGGACCUGAAGAAUAAUGAAGCUAAGGUUACAAUAGAUGAAGCAGAACCACCUAUGAGGAUAGUAAAGAAUUGGAAGAGACCUGAGGAGAGGUUACCUGCUGAAAGAGAUCCAACUAAAUUUGUUGUGUCUCCAAUAACUGGUGAGCUGAUUCCUGACAAUGAGAUGUCUGAACAUAUCAGGAUCUCUUUAAUUGAUCCAAAGUACAAGGAGCAGAAGGAGAGGAUGUUUGCAAAAAUUAGGGAUACAACUCUUGCUCCUGAUGAUGAGAUCACAAAAAAUAUUGUUGGACUUGCUCGAACCCGUCCUGAUAUUUUUGGUACUACUGAGGAGGAAGUCUCUAAUGCUGUUAAGGCAGAGAUCGAGAAGAAAAAAGAUGAUCAACCAAAGCAAGUCAUUUGGGAUGGGCAUACAGGAAGUAUUGGUCGUACAGCAAGUCAGGCCAUGUCUCAGAAUGCUGGUGGAGAAGAUCUAAAUGAAGCAGGCAACAGUGAUAUGAGAAAUCUUCCAGGUCCUGCAGCUCCUCCUCCUCCCAGACCUGGCAUGCCAUCAAUUAGACCUCUUCCUCCACCUCCUGGACUUGCCUUGAAUAUCCCUAGGCCUCCUAAUACUGUUCAGUAUUCAACCCCAACUGGUCCCGGUGUUUUGGCUCCACCUCCACCUAGGCCUCCAGUCGUCGGUGUUCUGCCUAGACCUGCACCUCAUCCGAUUUUUCUUGCAGCCACUAUUACCACAAAUUAUCUGUUAGGAAAUUUGGGCAAGAACUGUUCAAGUUCAGUUGGAGUGAUUGAUCUUGGAGAAGAGGCUGUCCAGAUGGUUUAUGCUAUGUCAAACACAAAUGCCUUAAAUGCACCAAGAACAUCAGUGGGAGACAAUGUAGAUGUACUGGAGAAAUAUCUAAAUGGAAGAAGAUAUCAUCUCUACACCAAAAGAUGUGGAGAGAAAGAGAGAGAUGGAGGGGAGCCUGAUCAAGACUAUCUGUACAUAUCACCAGAAUUCUUUUACAAGUCUGUUCAGCUUGGUCUUAUCGAUCGCAAUGCAGACGCAGCUGUAAUUCGUGCAACAGAUUAUGCGAACGAAGCUGAUCGGGCUUGCAGGAAAAAAAUGCGAGAUGCAAAAUCCAAAUACCGAUUGGAGGAUCUUAACCUUCCUUAUAUUUGCAUGGAUCUAGUGUACCUGUAUACUAUACUGAUUAAUCAGGAUUCAGGAAAGAUGCUGCAAUUCACAGGUCUAGAUCCUUGGCAAGAGAUUAAAUUGCUGCAUCAGAUAACAUACCAGGAUUGGUUGGCUGGACCAACAUGGCCACUGGGCUAUGCCAUUGAUGUUGCCUCAUCAAUCACAGAAAGCCAAAUGACAGCCUAG